AUGAUUGCAGGAAAAGAUUUUUUGAUGGGAAUUAUGGGAAUAAAGAAUUUCAGUAAUGUGGAGCAGGUGGUAGGACAAUGGGGGAGAGGACCCAAUGCUGCUGGACAACCUGUCAAGAAGAUUAAGAUGGAAGUGUCAAAGAGAGUAAAAGGUGACUUGGAUGUGAAUCUUGAGUGA